GAAGCUAACCCCAAAACCCCCGCAAAAGGUUGGGGAGGAAAACCCUAGCGAGAGAGGGAGAGGAAGAGAGAUGGCUCGAUCGAGGAGGAAAUAUCAGAAGUCUAGGCCGAAAGUGCGCGUUGGUCUACCGAAGAAGAAGCCCAACAUCUUCAAGCCUGCCUUCUCCAUCCCGCCAAAGCUCUGCUCCGUCACAGAUGCAAGCGGAGAAUGGGACGAUUCAGGUUCCGUUUUGACGAAUUAUCGGUCGUUCGGGGUCGUGUCGAAUCCAAACUUUCUUGGCGUUCGAGCGCGGACGAACCAUAUCGUUGAGAGCCGCGCAUUGCAAGUUCCGUUGGAGAAGAAUGUGGAAGAUGGUGAUGCGGGCGAUUCGACGAUGGGGAACCCACAAUUUGCUGGGGACGACAGUGGAAGUGAUCUGGAAGAAGAUGAUUUGAAAUCAGCUCUUGGGAAGAAGCGAAGAGAUGGAAAAGUUAUGCCGUUGCAGCCAUUGACCAAAAUGCAACGAGUUUACGUUGGUCAAUUAAUUUCGAAAUAUGGUGAUGAUUAUGAGAGGAUGUUCAUGGAUACCAAACUGAAUACGAUGCAGCAUUCAGUUGCAACCCUAGAGAAGCUAUGCAAACGGUUUUACCUCAACGGGAAGAUGAAACCUCUUUCAUAGGUCUGAGAUUCCCCUCCGUAGUGGAUUGAGAGGAUACCAAGAAAAGGAUGAGAAACUGUAGUGUCCAUUUUUUUUCUCCUUUUCUGCUUGGAUUAUCUUUUGAGCCGUGUAGAUGUGUCACGUUCAAAUAGAUUUACUGCAAUGAUUUUUCAUUUAGUAAACGUUUUUGGGCUA